UCCCGAUGAUGAGGCCUGCCGGUAUGUCAUCCUCGGGCCAGGCCCGGGCUCGGGCUGCAGACGCCUCUUCUACUAGCAGGGCUGGUACAUCUAGAGGUGGGGGUAGACCGGUUCCUCCGACUCCGUCGACUUAUCCUCAUCUUGGAUGGCCAGAUAUGCCUACUGAGUUGAUGGCGUGGCAGUAUGGGGCUAUUUCUCCGACCCCGAUCCCGCUAGAGCCUCCGAUGCCCAGUGAUCGAUACGCCAUUGAUCCUGAUUCACCGCUGCCAUCGCGAGGGUACACGGAGGAGGUGGUUGGACUGGUGGCCACACUCGAGGGCAUGGUCCUGCGUAGGGAGGCACAGUUGUCUGUCGCGGGCAUUCAGAUGCCUUCAUGGUCCAGUCAGCCACAGGCCAGGCCAUCUGGGCCUCCUUGGGGAGCUGGGCUAUCUGGGCCAUUUCACGGAGUUGGGCCAUCCGGGCCUUUUCAGGGGCCUGGGCCAUCCCGGCCUUUCCGAGGAGCCGGGCCAUCUAGGCCUUUUCGAGGAGCUCGAGGAGGGCCCAUCCGCAGAUACAGGGCUCAUGUCGGAACCCCAGUGACCACGUUUGUACUGGCGGCCAGGAAUGUCCCAUUGACAUUCAGUUGA